AUGGAGACAAUUAGGAAGAAGGUUGAUAUGCUGCGAAUAAGUCUGAAUGAUGCUGAAAGGAGAGCAGAUGAGUCUGAAGAAUGCUUAAAGAGUGCCAAAGAGAGGAAUUUAGCCGUAAGAAUCCUUAUAUUAUUCUGUAGUUUUACACUUGUUGAAAUACGCUUGAAACUCUUCCAUUGUCUUAUUCUCAAGCGAAACAUCCUUUACUUUGAGCUACAGACACGAUUUAAUGCCUCUAGCUUCCAGGUUAUGUGAACAGAACUGUCGACCAAAUUUAUAAACAAUUUGUAAACUGUUUGUCAUGGUUGCGUUUUUAUGCUUUCCGCAGGCAGAAGAUGAAGUAAAAAAACUAACCCAUGACCUGCAAGAAAUUGAAGACCAACUAGACGCUAAAGAAUCUCAGCUGUCUGAAGUUACCUUACAGCUUGAGGAAGCCGAGCAAACCUCAGAUGAAAACGAGAGGUACUAAUUCGAUAGUUCGUAAACUAACAAAAUAUCUCAAAUUAACAAAUACAAAGUGACUUCAACAAACAUGACAACAAGCCUUAAAUAUGAGUGCGUUCUUGCUUUCUAUACCAGAUUAUCAAUGCCGAGUUUUAAUGCAACUUCUCUGUGUUUUCAACACUUUAUCUUAUGUGUUUUUUUCGCGUCCGCAAGCAUGCAUUUAAAUUACAGUAAACAAAGGUUAUUCUACAGAUUGAAGGAAGGUUCUUUUUGGCCACUCUGUUCUUGAUUCCAGACAAAUUCCGAACGAUUUGCAUUUCUUUAAGUCUCCAAACCAUUAGUUACGAAUGGUAGUGAAUAUUCCGCGCCCAUAGAUUUCUCGGCGCAAAAAUCUUGCACAGUUUCGGUUAACAGAGUUUUUGACCAAGUCAUUUCGUGACAGUAUGAUAGAUAAAGCAAACUGAUCCAACCGAGUGAGCAGCCCACGGACAGAGGUUGUCAAAUUAACUUCAAUUUAUCGGCAUCUAAAAGAGCUCCACGUUUAUAUAAGCAGCACUAAUGAAUAUCACUCCCAAGUAAAUUCUUAGUGGAUUUUUUAAAGGCAAAACUAGAAAGCAUUAACAUUGAUAAUUAUAUACUAUCGGAAGAAAUCAAUUCAAAGGACCGAUUUUUCGGUUCGUUUGGCGCAGUUAGGGUGCAAUCGUCUCAGCCAAUUACAUUCGGGAUAAUCCUGACCUUCCAAAAUCAAUCAGUGAUGGAAUAUGUUGACGUGCUGUUGUCAAAUUUGAAUUCCUGCCUCUUGCAAGACUAUUACGUUUGUAAAUGAUGGUUAUCGGCGAUGGUUAUAUGCACCUUUCACACUCAUUAUUUGUCGUCGAUCGUCUUUUAUGAAGCAGACCGAUUGAAAACCGGAUAAUUUCAGUUAUGCAUCAGCUAUAAUACACAAGAAAUGAAACUGUGAUUGCCAAAUCCUGAUUCCAACCAGUUUCAACUUAAACCCGGAAUUUUUUUAGCAUAAGUUGAACGAUUCUUUUAAAAGUUAUGUUGCCAUUUCUUUUCUACCAAGCCUGACAUUUCAGUAAUAUACUUCAGAAUUUUCCAAAAUUGAUCAAAAAGAAGUGUAUAAUAAAAACUGCAAGUGCACGACAAAUAUAAAUUCAAACGCGCCUCAAAAGAAGCUAUUUGCCAAUCUCUACCUAUCCUUUUCGACUCUCAAAUCUCUUCUUGACUUCGUCACGUCCUUUAUGCAAAGUUCUCGAUCGAUUGCCAACCUUCAAUGACGACUACUGAGCUACGUCACGGUCCGUGAAUCCUAAAAAAGUUACCAAAAUGUUUUCGAGUUUUAUAUGUACAAUCUUCGUCAAUAACCCUAACCCUAAGCAAUAUUUCCAAUCUUCGACCAUUUUCAUUUUUUUCUAUUUUUUCCCAUCCUUUGAUGUUUGCCUGGGCACGAACAAACUACUUUUUUGAACCUCCACUCACGGAAAUUUUCGACGCAUAUUUUUUAUACAGGGCUAAGGGUGCUGUCAAGGAGAAUUUGUUUAACAAUCGAGAGCUUCCUUAGAUGGUGUUCAUUUCCUUCAUUCUCGUGACCAUAAUGUUUUUAUUUAGGGGUGAUAUUGUAAGGAGAAAUUAGAUGCUGGUCCAACUAACGGGUCCAAGGGUUACGCGGUAAGAGAAAAAUGGCUAUGAUAAAUUCUCACAAAUCCUGACAAUAUAUCUUGCUGUUGAUUUCUCUUUGCAGAGUGAGGAAGGUCCUGGAAACUAGGGCCAUGGGUGACGAGGAACGAGUUAGUAUUCUUUCGUUCUUUCUUUUGCUAUUGUGCUACCGAUUUUUACAGAUACUUAUUUAAUUGCGGUUGUUGUUUCUCAUUAGCAAGCUCAGUUUGAAGCCAAGUUAGAGGAAGAGAAGGAGAGGCACGAGUCCGCCGAGAGAGAAAUUGAAGAAGUAAGAAAGCAGUCGUUCAUGUGCCCUCCCUCCCGUGGGACUUGCGUUAUUUACGUAUGAUGACAAGUAUCCAGGCCUGACAAGUAUCAUUAAUCAUAAAUUGAUUUUGGGUGGGGGAGGGGGACAUGUGGGUGAAAACAAUCGCCACAGAUAAAGUUUUUGUAUUAUUUUGGGGGGUUUGUUCCCUCAAAAAAUGCACCUUCUUGCUUAGAGGUAGAGCGAAAUCACUUUCUCUCCCUUCUCGCCUUUUUCGGUUCCCCCCCUAUGCUCCGGAGGUUUUGAUAAGAAUUCCCCCUACAAGUACUUCAGAUCUGUCUAUUUGUUUCGUAAGCACGUCUGCCAUGAUUGUCACACGAGCUGUCCGACUCUUUUCGUGAUUUUUACACGUCAGAGGGUUUUUUCACUAAUAAUAGAUAAGAACCCUAUAGAAACUUGUAGAUGGCGGAAUAACAUCUUAACUUCUUUUUAUCUUUCUGUAAUAUAUCACUUAUCAAUCAAUCUCGUACACAGUUGGAGGCAAAGCUUGCAGAAGCGGAAGAAGAACUCGAUGAAUUGGAAAGCCGCGCUGAAGACGCAGAUGAGUGAGUUUUAAGUUGAGAUGUUUGACCUCAAUUAUUCAGUUUGAAGAAAAGGCAACGAUCUUAACGUAAUGUAGACAGAAGGACCUUUUAGAUCACUUAAUUUCAAAUUAUUUUUCUUCACUUUGAUCGUCGCGCAACGUGUGCUCUCUUUUGAGUUGUAGCACGGAACAGAACAACACCUCGACUGCAUGCAUUGCAUGCUUCAUUUCACAGAUUUCUUUGAAGGUUCCAAUUCUUUUUGCUUAGUUUGCGAGACAGUAGUUGUUUUGUUUUCCUAUGGAAUUUUGUGCGGGAGAUAAGCGCAUGUGCGGCCAAAUCCAGUCGAAGGUGAUCACCCCGCGCAUGCGCCAUCUUUGACCGCUCUGUUCUCCGUCGCAGCCUUCCUUAAGAUGUCACACAGCGAAAUGCAAGAGACGGUUGCGUUACAUUAUAAAUAACGAAUGCUCAGUUUAAUGAUUAUUUUAUUUUAAUCUUCAUAAGGCGACUCAAGGAGCUGGAGGAAGAAUCCAAAACAGUCGGGAACAGUCUCCGUUCUCUGGAGGUCCAGGAGUGCGAUGUAAGGCGUUAGCUCUUUUGUGUUCGUUACUAGAUAGUUUGCAUAACUAAAAUUGCAUGUACAUGCGGUGUAGGUUGAAGUGCCGGUGGGUAGAUGUGCAAAAAUGUGUUGUUUUCGUUGGUGUUUCUCUGAUGUCAACUUGAAAACCAAGGAACGGAAAUUGUAAAUGAAAUAGUGGUUAACAAGAUACGAACAAUGAGAAUUAAGCAUCGUUGAUUGGAGAGCAGAAAUGGAAAUGAGAAAAUGAAGAACGGAAGACCGGAAGACAUGGAAUGAGAAUCCGUGUUCAGGAAUUUUAUGGAAAGAAAGUGUCGAAGUCUAACCCAGUUUUAACUUAAAGUGACUGAUGCUUUUUAAAACCAAUGCUAUCUCUUUUUUCAGGGAAACAGACGAAUUCAGGAGUUAGAAGAAAAGAUAGAGAGAAUCGGGCGAGAGUAUGAAGAGGUGAGAAUAAUAUUAAAAGCUAUUAUUUGCUUGAAUGAUUGUCUGAACGAAGAACUUGUAAACUAUCUUGAGGACAACAUCGGAUAUUUCACCAACAUCAAAUUGUCAUCUUGGUUCGAACUGUUGGCCAGUACUGCGAGGAAAUUAUCUGCUCUUCUGCUUGAGUAUCCCUAGAAAGCAAAAGACUCAUCCCUUGGUUGCGAAUUUUUUUAAUCUGAUUGGAAAAUUUUUUCGGCUCAACAAAAUAAGUUGUUGUUGUGAUUAUUGUUGUGAUUAUUGUUGGUGGUUAGUGGUUAACAAGAUUAUUGUUGUUAUUAUCAUUACUAUUAUCAUUUUUCUCUUCUUCUUAUCAUCAUCACUAUUAUUUUAACGUGGAACACUUUCAAUAGUCCCAAUAUCCUUCUCUUCACCAGAGGGCUCCAGGAACGAAAUUUGACUCACGCCUAAUACGCAUUUAUCGGCUCUCCAUUCAUUUCAGUCAGUAAAAUGAGCAUUUCAGCGGUCUGGGGAUGAUACACACCUUGUUAUUUGUUAAGAAGCUAACCAUUUUGUUAAAUUUUUAACAGACCUGUCAACGUGCUGAUACAGCUGAGUCUCAAAUUGCGGAUUUGGAAAGAGAAGCUGACCAACUAGAUGGUAUGAAUGGCUUUUUUCGCUAAUUCACAAAUGAAUCAUGGCCAAAGACGGUCAAAAAAAUAAUCACCGUACUAGAUUUUAGAAGUCAAGAGGACACCAGAGGUUCACAAACUAGUUAAGCAUUUUGUUUUCACCCUCAGCGCACCCCUCUGAGGGAUGGAAGGGCUGUAACUGAACCCUCCCGUAUUAGUCGAACCACUCCAUCUCAAAUCUAUCGCUGUUCUUUUACUUUGCAGCUGCCUUAGAGAAAAUAAAAGAGAAACAUGCUGAGGCGGAACAGGAGUUGAUUCAGACUAUACAGGAGUUUGAGGAGAUGUAAAACAAGAAUCAUUAUGAUCAGUUUAAUUUGACAUUUUUAUGUGAUUUGGCUCAUUAUAUGAUAAUUCGGUAGAGAGGUGUUUCAUAGCCAUUACUGUAAGCCUUUUUGAAAUAGCUCUUUUUGAAUAUGCUAUGUACUUCGGUGAAUUUUUUCGAUGGUCUAAUAAAAGCAUUGUACUUUGUCAUAAAUAUCAGGCAAAAAUAUCAGCCUGAAAAGUGGGUGUUAUUUUGAUUUUCAGCUUUUAUUUGUCAAAGGCAUAAUUUUGGUCGCGGUAUAUCAGAGCCGAGCAAUUGCUAGCAGAUACAGUGGAGGUGCAAGAAAUGGCAACGAAAACGAAGCUUAAAUCCAUACCAACAACACUUAAAAACCAAUUUACUGAGAAAAAAAAGUCAGUUUGGGGCCGUUCACCUACUGGCAACCCUUUAAAUCCGCAAUUUUGAGGUAUGAAAAGUGCUACAGAGAGGGGGUUGGGGAGGGGGGUAUUUCGUGCUAAAGUUUCUUUGACAUGGCAAUAAUUCGAUUCCUUCAGUUGGACAGUCUAAGUAUUUUCCAUGACUUUACUUCCACAGUGUUUUUCGUUUUUGUUCUAUCUGUAUUCUUUGCUUUUCUCUGUAGGCUACCCUAGCCUAAACCCAACCAAGUUUCAUCAUCAUCACUGUAGACAUUUUGACGCCUCUGAAAGUGACCCGCCUCCGACUGACCCUUGUCAAACUAGAGAAUUCUGAAAACCAAGUGCAACCUCACGGCCAAGAAAUAAAUUUAGUUCAUCCAUAAGUAUUUUCGAUCACACUUAAAUACUUCAAGUCUCCGAUGUAAACUUUCCUCGAAUCCUCCAGUUAAUUCUUUACUUAAUCAAAUCUGGUCUUUUGUCAGUUUUUGUCUUUUCUUUUUGUGGCUUGGAAAAAAGUAUUAAGGUAACUCAAAAUGAUGCGAUCAUAUUUGUCUUUAUUCAUGGGAUCAGAAAGAAAAUCUCUUUCCGUUGAGUAUUCCCAUUAAAAAUUUUUUUCAUGUAGUCGCCCGCACGUGGGAAUAUUAUUAUUAGACGUCUCCCAGAUAGGGUUAUGUACAUAAGGCGUGUCGAAAGUAAUUUGAUUAGGUCAAGGUCUGUGGAAAGCGGCUUUCAUACGACCGUAUUGGAAUUCGAAGUUUCUUCAUCCCACGAGGUAAGCAUAAAUGAUCUCAGUUUUCUCCUCUACAGAAAACAUGGGAGCAUAGAAAAAUUGUGAAUAGACGAAAAAAGGUGGUUUUGCGCAUUUCUCCUAGGGAUCCCAGCCAUUAGAAGUGUGUACUUCUCAAAUACCUGAAGAACAUGAUCGAGUGCUCGAUUUGAUUUGUUGUCAGUCUGCAUUGCAACAUUUAAUGUAAAUACAGCUUUAAAACAAAGCAAAUUUCCGUUAGAUGAGCUGAUUAUCCAGGUAGUUUUGAUAGUCUUCGAAUAAGAAAUUUUCUGGUUUCAAGCUGAAGCAGUUUAUUGAGAGCACUACCCAGUUUUGGCGGGAAAAUGGCUUCGUCAUCAAUGCGCCCAUCUAGUAUCACAGCGUACCACCAAAAAGUUGUUUCGCGAACGCAAGAAUCAGGUACUUUGUAAAUUCGCGUAGAUUAAGCCCAUUUUUCACUUGCGCUUCUUCACAUUUCGAUUGUUUCUAUAUCUGUCGGUCAGACAACCUGCUUAAGUGUUCUACACGUGCUCCAAAAAACUGCAGAUAACUACUUCCGUGUAUUCACGAUUAGUUCAAUUUCAGAGGCCGCUUAUGAACUUUUUUAAAAUGUGAAUCAUCAAAAAUUUGACUGGUUAUUCAACUUUGAUUCGGUGAUUGUCCACGUCAAAAUAGCUUUUGAACUGUUCUGUAAUCAGGGAAAGUGAUGCCCACAAAUAUUAUAGCUUUCUCUAAGUAAGGUCUGUUUAGACAGUUAUCUUCUUUAUAAAGAUAAGAUGCAAUAUCUAAGGUCUGUUUAGACAGUUAUCUUCUUUAUAAAGAUAAGAUGCAAUAUCUAUGAUUUGCGGAAGGAAAAAUUUCGCGGCGUUUAUGACCUAGGGGAAAACAUGUCACGCUUGGAAGUCACGCUUUCUUUGCAUUCGUCGGAAGACUCCCCUUGGAAAGCACUGUCACGCUAUCUCAAACUUACCCAGAUGCGAGACGCUCUAAAAACUUGGUUAUGUCAAACUUCAUACUUUGUGAACCAUAAAUUUCUUGAUUAAAAACUACUAAUGUUGACUGCAAGUAUUAUCAGAUCUUAUAUUUCAAUACAGGAUGCAGGUUUCAUGUAACAAUAGACCGUUGCACUCAGCGUCCUCAGUGGAAGUUUGGACAGAGUACGGUAUUCAGGUUUUGAAUAGAGUUUUCAUCAGAGGAAUACCUAGUAGAGUAAGCUGAAUUUACAGUCACAAAUCCAUUGACAUUACUCAAUUGCAAAGAUAAAAAAUUUAAUUAAAACUGUCAAAUUACUAAAAUUAUGUGAGUUUUCUUCUUAAAAGUCCUUCUCAACAGGUGGUCUUUUUUUUCCAUUAAUUCACUUCCUGAGCAAAAUUAUGCAUUAUUUCCCAAGUGGGCUGGGCAUGGUACAUCUGUAACCCACAUUGGUGAGAUAAUUAAGUGCAAGGGAGGGGAUGGAGAGGGCACAAGAGCUGUUUGGAUCUCACCUCUUUUAUUGCCCUUAGCAACAAUUCACAGACUAUAGAUUUGUUAAUCAACAUUUUGAAUUUUCUUCUAAUUUCUGUCAUAGAUGACUGAGCUUCAACUUGAAAUUCUCUUUGGUGGCAUGGGUUUUGAGGUACAGAAUGUGAGGAUUGUUGAAGACCUCAGGAGUGGUGCAAAUAAAGGGUAAAUAAAUCAUUACUUAUACUGUUUUAACAAUUCCCAGUACUUUCCCCAAAGACCUAACACUAGUAUGUAUAUUCUCCAUACAGUUCUCUAUACAUUUCCUGAGGUGCUGACAAGGAGAAUUUGUUUAACAAUCAAGAGCUUCUCUAGUUGGUUAUCAUUUCCUCAAUUCUUGUAACCUUGAUGUUUGAUCAAAAGUUAAUAUUGUAAAGAGAAAUUAGAUGCUAGUCACUCUUAGCAGUCAAAGGAGUAAGGUUCCAUUUUCUUUCACAGAUAUGGUUUUGUGACAUUUCACACGGCAGAGGAAGCUCAACGAGUGAGAGACAUGGUAAGACUGAAAGUUAUCUCCAACUGCAUGUUAUCUAUGUGACUCUAACUUGAUGGUGUAAUGCCUUAAUGAGAGCCUCAUAAGGGCAUUUCCAGUCAAAAGAGACUCAAUAAUCAUUAGGUUAACCUUUAACCCUUUCCCAGAAGUGAUUGACAUGUAAAUUCUCCCUGUACUACUAAUGCAUUCUCCAGCACAUGGUAAUGAGAAUACUAAAGUUAAUCAAGUUAAAAUUGUCAUCUUACUCCAAUUCCAAAUUCUCGUAACUAAUUUUAAAGGAAAUGUGAAGCAGUUAGAGAGGAGAAUUUACAAUCAGAUCCUGGGAGUUGAAGGGUUAACACACUAUCAUUAACAUCCAUAUUCUCAAUACUUUUCUUUAACAUUUCCUAUGAUACUGAAAGGGAGAACUUGUUUGACCACAAGGAGCUUUCUAAGUUGGUGAUCAAUUCCUUUAUUCUCAUGACCUUAACAUUUGAUUCAAGAGUGAUACUGUAAGGAGAAAGUAAAAGUCAAUCACUCUUUGGGGUUUAAGGGAUAAUGCACAUUUGGUGAAAUUAUUUUAUAGGGCUUAGUGCAAUGGAAAGGAAAAACUCUUCAAGUUGAUGUAGCAGUCAAAAGAAAGGUAAGGACCAUGCAUUGUUCACAGGGAACUAGGAAAAUUAGCUGAUCAUCUGUGACACCCAACUCAAAAUGACCCAUCAGAACUUAAUUGAAUUUAACUGUCAUGAAUGAUCUGCAUUUGUAUAUUUAAAAGUAGGGGAAAAACAGAGUUUAAUCAAUUGCUUUUUUUUUUAUUCAGCCAGUGAUGCAGGCCCUUCAACAGAGAUAUGCUGUGACAGCAGGACAGCCAUAUGUUGUGCCACAAAGGACCCAGCCAGUUUACAUCAUGGCCAUUCAAACAGAUACAGGGUGUUCAGUACCACUGUUCAUGGAUGGAGUUGUAAGCAGAAACAAGUUUUGUAAUUCUUUGUUCUCAAUGUUGUUUUACUGUGGUUAUGGUUAUGCAGUCAGUAAGAUGGAAUUUCACAUCACUGAUUCCAAUUUUUUAGGUUCCUUUUCAGAUGAUACAAUAUUCCUUAUUCAUGUUAAACAAAUUGAGGAAAAAAUAUAUCAACAUUUGUAUGUAUUAAAGUGUGAGAGCAAAGAUAUACCAAACAACAGAAAUGAAAGAACUGCUUACUGGAAUGAAAUUUCUCAAGAAUAUUUGUUUUAAAUGACAAAAUUCCUCACCAAAAUUACUCCUUGAUAUUUUCCUUUUUUUUGUUUUGAGGUGUGGCAGCCAUAGUUGAACCAGUGAUUGGAGCAAUAGAAACAAGAUGCAACAAGAAGUUUAUCAUAGAUCGUAACAUGGGCUGGAAAAAGAUUCUGAGUUGUUGUGUUUUUAACAGUUAAAUUAGGAUCAAUAAAAUUUAAUGGCUAAAUCGGGAUCAACAAAAUUUAAU